AUUAUAACCCACGAGCAUUUCGACGAUUCGUUGUUUUGGAACGGAGAGUCACAGGCUUUGAGACAGUUUUAAAACGUACAAUCUGCUUUUUCUCGGCACCAAAGGAUAAAGAAACGCGUAAGAAAUGGCAAAUUGCCAUUGGUAUAAAAAAUUACACUGUCAACGAUGAGACAUUUGUCUGCAGUAAACAUUUUAAUAAAGAUGAUAUCAUUACCCAUUGGGUUAGUGGAGUGCCACCCCAUGUUGUUACUGUGAAAUAUAAAAAAUGCAGAUUAAAGCCAGGAGCUGUGCCUGGGAGGAAAUAUAAUUUUGAGGAAAAUGUACAAGCCGGCCGUAUCAGUUUUACACCAAAAUAUGACACACGAAAAACGAGAGAAAGUAAAACAGAUUUUCUCAUACCGAGAACGGAAGAAAAUUCGGAAAUUGACGGGCCGCUGUUUGCACACGAUGCUAAUGUUCACAGUUAUCAGAAGAGAAAUACAUUGAACGAAAUAAAAUUAGAAAAUGGCAAGAGUCUGAACAAUGGAUCGGAAGAAUCGCAGUUGAAGCAGGAAGAUGUGAAUUUUGUAAAGACAGAGGAACAAAACGAAAUGAGCAAUGAGAAUCUGUAUUCCAGAAGAGUUUCAGAAUGUUCUUCUAGAGAUUAUUCGGAUAACGAGGAUAGGGACCAUAGAUCUAUGACGAAAGAAAAUACUCCCGCAAAAGAAACAUCAACUGAACGUAGUUUUGAAUCAGUAGAAACGACACGUACAAAGAAUCAGACAAAAGACAAUUAUGAUCGAUCGAACGAAGAAGAUGAUUCUACGUACAACGAAGAUGAUGCCAAUGAAAUGUUGUUCGAAGAUUUACUUGAAGUAUGUGCAGAAAUUUCAUUACCGCGUGGUUGGUCCUGUUUAAUAGCUUCGAAAGGUCUCUCGACGACGAUAGUGUAUUUGUACAUGGGAUUGACGACCAUUGGUACACCCUUUACGGAGAAACAAGUGUUUAUAAAGAGGGACAUGAUACUACAUUGCACUGCUGUAAAUAGAGAAAUCAAUCCAGUAAUUCAUAAUCUAAUAAAGCAAGGGAAACAUUUGAAAGUACAAAAUUUAACGGACAUAGAAGAGUUGAUAAGUGAGUUCCAUCAAAGAGUCAUCUGUUCAGGUGUAAGCAACAUUGAGGGAACCCGAGACAUCAAUCGUAUUAAAAUCGCUUACAAAGAUGGUAUAAAAUGGAGACACGUUUUAUGCCCGUUGAUACUCAACAACGACUCGACGAGAUGUACAAAAUGCAUUUGCCUCUCUCGUAAACUGAUUCGUUCUGCCAACACUCCUACGAAACAAUGGCAGAAAAAGAAACGCGUGAGGAAACAAGAUCAGGAAUGUGAUUUGAUAAAAGUAUACAAGCGUAAUUGUAAAUGUAAAUAAAAUUUGGGACAGUAGCUGUAA